AUGGUAAUCGAUGGAAAACAACAAUGUGGACCAUUCCCAAAAGACACUGGUGCAGCUGCAUGUUGUCCAACUGCUGGAGUCUGGAGUGAAUGGGGUCCAGCCGUUCGAAACAGCGAUAACACAGCUUUUGAGCAGUCGAGAACAUGUUUGUCAGCCGCAGCCGGAUGUACUUGUACUGGAAAUAGGAUUAAUCCGUGGUCAUCGGAUAAGUGUCCUUGUCCAGACUUCCAAACUGAUUUGAAUGAUAAACUCUUAGAACCGACAGAAAGUUUUUCAAUACGUCCCUCUGGUGUAGUAUACGAUAGAAUAGCAUGCACAUACACCACUCCUUUGAACUCCACGGAAUGGAAUUGUAGCAGCUCAAGAGGAUACCAAUCAACUACGCUUUUGAGAUAUAUAAGAGCAGAUAAUGGUGAAAGGGAAGAUUAUCGAGUGGGAGACUGCAAGGAUACUUCGGACGAGAAACAUAAUGUCACUUUCUAUUGUGACUUUUCGACUCUUCAAUGGCGUCUCACCAACAAUAAUGUUGCAGUGUUGACAUUUAAUCAAGUUUCCAAAAAACGUUGA